AUUGUUAUAAGUGUAAAUAGCAAAGAUGAAAAAAAAGAACUAGGAUGAUGAAAUUAGAUUCAAAAUGAAGCAAAAAUAUGCAACAAUAUCUGACUGGGCAUUUAAAACAUUAGAAACUCAAAGAGUACAAGAAAUAAGAGCUAAAUCAUUAUACAGUGGUUCCAUAAAGAUUCAACAUCAAGAGAUGUAUUCAUUUCAUUACCCGUAAAAAACAAUAAAAAUAUUUAGAUCAAAGAGUAUAAAUACUAAGAAAGCAUAAGUUAUAAUAUCUUAAUAGCCUAGAAUAUAGAAUCAAUGUAAAAUUAAUAAGAAACUAAUUGAAUCUAAUUAGAUUCCUAGAUCACUUGAUUAGUCAUAUAUAGAAGAUUCCAAAAAAAGAAAUAUAGACAAGAAAAGAGUAUUAUAAGAUUAAAAAGUAAGUAAAUAAUUUUAAGCAAUCCAUAAUAAGAUGAAAUUAAUUAUGGAUUCCUACAAAAAUAGAGAACGAGAAUUAUUGAAUUAUAUAGUUUCUUUGUAAUAAGAGAUUAUUGUCUUAAAAGAAUCUUAAAAUGAUUAAACAAAUUGA